AUGGUCGCUUUUUGUCGAGCAAGACUGCGAGCCAAGUCUCCCUUUAGCUCGAAUAUCUGUGAAGGAGUGGGAUGGAUAUGUGAAUAUUCGAGCGGCGGCUACGAGCAUCGUCUUUUGCGAGCGCCAGUACGACACGACACGCUCAACACGCUUCUCGUGGCUUUGCUGCUCGAAUACUCAAAUGUCCCACUCCCUCACAGAUUUUCGAGUAAAAGAGAGACUGCUCGCAGUGUACAAGGCAUAUUGACGCAUAUUAACGUCAUUUCACAACAGAAGACACAGUCACGGAAUGGCCGGAAAACCAGCUAAUAACUUGUCGGUUUUCGUCGACACUAAUAUUAUGUAAAGUGCAUGUUGUAGACUUUUUAAAAUGUUUUUCUUUUUUUUCCUGUGAUUUGAAUUUUUUAUAUGGGUAUUAAAUUUCGCGGGCAUUUUUAUUCGCCGGUCUUUAAUUCUGCGCUUUUCGCGAUUGUGGAUUAGUGGCAAAAUUAAAUAAAUUACCAAUAAGGUAAAUGUAGUAUACUUAGUCAAGGCUUUCUGACUCUCCCUAACCUGCGAUCAGGAGGUGUUUUUUCGUCUCCCAAACAAAAGGGGAGAAGGACCCCUGAUCGCAGUUUAGACUGUCCCUUGGGAGACGGCGACAAUUAAUAUUUUUCCGCAAUCCAAUAAGAGCUUUUGAACGAAAUUAAUAAAAAGCGCACGAUUGUAUCCCAAAACGAAAGUAAUGCUAUACUCGUCGUGGGGAAGUGUACACACGUUUUAAUACACUUCUAUGAACUCUAUACUUUAAAAGAUGUGUAUCAAACUUCAAGACAAACAGUUACUUACGUACCAAGGGCAGAUUUAGGGGUGGGCCCAGGAGGCCACGGCCCCCCCUUUUGUCAGGGAAGUUUUUUUCUUUUGUAAACGUGUGUCGGAUGGUACUUCGACCUUUGUUACUUAAAUAUAUUUUCUUUACCGUGCAUUGUUAAUAAGAAAAGAAGCUGUGUUUGAAGCCAUUUUUAGUCGCAAAUGCCCAAAGCUCCCAGAAUGCAUGCAGUACUAUCCGUCUCAACAAAAUGGAUUUGACAAUUUUUCAGGGAGACAGUGCUGCCGCCUUUGCCGGGAGGUUGUGCUCUCCCCGCAAUCGCUUCUGCCCCUGCUAGCAGCAUAAAGUGUUAUAUUACUUCUUUGACCAAAACCACACCCGUGGUUUAUUAAAUAUUUCAGCAUUACAUCUUCAUUAUCGAAGCCAGGCAUUUGCUAAAUUUAAGCGUCUAGAACGCACUAGGUUGCAUCUCAGAUAACUUCAGUCUCAAAAAUUUUCCCGGAGGAGCAUGCGACCGAAACUCCCUCGAAAAGUGCGCCGUUCGCAGUCCUGAUGGGCGCUAUCGCGCCCAUAUUGCCACUUUAUGCUAUAUCUCUAGCCCUCCCCCUCCCCCUAUCACAAAUCCUCUAUCCGCCCCUGAGUACAAUAAUUCAUAUUCAUUCAUCACCGAGAAGUGAGAAUCGCACUGGGUUUUUCUCUUGAGGGAACUGUACAAUCAGUUGGAAUUCUCGUAAUUGGUGUUAUCUCUUGCUUUCUUUGCUUUAGUUUUGUUUUCUUUAUUUGCUGUGACAACCUGAACCAUGAUAUUCUUAUUCGUUUAUUUUUAGUUUUUCCUCUCUUUUGCCCAAGUGAAUGUAUUUACAGCGUCUUGUUCUUAUACAAGUACUAUGAUAUUCAUGUUCAGGUAGGAAAGACUCAAAAUAUAUAGGUGACCGCUGCUUUCUCUGGUGCCCACGCAAAGUCUUUGAGAAUCAAACACGCUCUCAGUAUUGCAAAACGAACACACCUCAAACUGCUUUUUUCCCUUUAAAUUAAAGGUAAGUUAAACAACUACUUCUAUGUCUCAAAAAUGAAAACUCAUUAAGAUUGAUAUUUUUAAUUUAGAAUGGAAGGAUGACGAAGUAAAAAUGAACAUUUGCCUUGCUCCUUCCGUGAUUUAGAAAAUAGCCUUUUCUCGCCAAGGCAAUUACAAGUUGCAAUCUUUUAAAAGACUUCGUAUCAUUGGAAGAGUUUCUAUGCCGGAUAUAGUUUCCUGACAGAUAAUUGUUUAAAACAGGUAUUGACAAUGUGAAUUUCCAUAAUCUAAAUCGUGCUGAAACACCUGUUAUCUGACUGGAUAAAAGCGAGAGAUCAAUUUUAUCUGAUCUGGUUUGUGCUUCCAAACGAAAUGAAUUCAGGGAUCGGAAUUUAAGAGCAACACGGUGCAAGAAGGAAGAGAAAGAUCAUACAUCAACUCGAUAUAUUCAAAAAAUUCAAGAGCAAUUAAGUUGCCAAACUUGGACAGUAGAACAUCAUGGUCUAAAACCUAAUCUGGAUUUGCAGUCUAGCUCUCUAAUGAAAAGCUAACAGCCUAGUUGUUAAUCUUUUAUUGUUUUAUUCUUUGGCUAGCCAAACUUCAGUCUCAGGUUCCAGGGCUCUUGCUUCUUUUAAUGAUGACACUGAAAGCUGAUGACUUGCGUUCGGCCAUCAUUGUUAACUGCGUCUUGAACGCCUUUUUAAGUUACACAGCCACCGCGCUGAACUCUGUAACCUUACUCGCGUUAAGGAAAUCUUCUAAGACUUUGCCGAAGCCUUUGAGGACAUUGCUUCUGAGUCUGGCUGUUUCUGAUCUUGGUGUUGGCUUACUGGUUCAACCUUUGUACAUUCUAUUUCUUGCCAUGGUAUUUCAGCAAGGAAAUACUGAAACUCAAAUUAUCGAGAUCACAUCCAAGGUUUCCAUCGUCACUAUAACUUUUUUCGGUUAUGCCUCUUUCUUUGGUGCUGCGGCUCUAGCGGCAGACAGAUUCUUGGCUGUUCAUCUUCAUCUGAGAUAUCAAGAACUUGUUACUCACAAGCGCCUUGUUGCCGUGGUGAUCUCGGUUUGGGUGUUCAGUGCCAUUCUUUCCAUGACAACGGCUGUUUUCCAACACACUCGGUAUAUUGUCGUUUCCAUCACUGGAAUAGUCGUUGAAAGUGUUUGUUACUUAGCCGCGGCCCUGUUUUAUAUCAAGAUUUAUUUGGCCGUACUGUAUCACAGCAAACAAAAUAAAAUUCUGCAAGUACAGCCUACACAGACUAGGGUUGAAAAUAUGACGAAUACUGCGAAGUUAAGGAAAGGUGCAAUUGGUCCAUUUUAUGCUUACCUUGUGUUUUUGGCUUGUCAUCUACCAAGCUCGUGUAUACGAAUAAUUUUGGAAAAUUCUGAUUACAAUAACGUAACAUGGCAGUUGAUAAAAUAUACCCACACUCUAGUGUUCCUCAAUUCCUCUCUGAAUCCUCUGAUUUACUCCUGGAAGAUGAGACACAUUCGACGCGCUAUCAUGGAUAUGCUGCGCAACAUAUCACCACGUCGAUAG